AUGGAAGAAAGGGGUGUUGAGAGGGGGUUAUGGCAUUGUGAUUCGGGAUUCCAGAUGCUUGUUUGUUGCUGCCUCGAUCGGGGUUUUCCGUGGUGCGCAAGUUCUUUAGUUGCAGAAGCUUUGGCAUUUCGGCAUGGCAUUUUGUUGGGAUCACAUCUUGGGUUAGGGUCAGUGAUUAUAGAAAGUGAUGCUCAGUUGAUGGUGAAUAUGCUUCAUGGCAAAGCAGCUAUCAGUCAAGAGGUGGAGGUCAUUAUUCAUGAUAUUCGGGUUUUGAGCAGAAAUUUCCACUGCUGUAGUUACUCUUUUGUACGUAGGGCUAGUAACAAGGUUGCUCAUGUGUUGGCUGGAAAAGGUGUGAAUGGUUCGGGGUCUUGUCUUUGGACUGAAUCUUCACCGUUGUGGUUACUCGAUCCUCUUUGUUGGGACGGACCUUCCGCUUGA